AUGUCUUCUGCUCCAUUAAGAGUGGAAGAGAAGCGCUUGGAAUCAACGGGUGAUCUGCGGGAUACUAAGAAUUUCGAUCAUCGUGGCACAGCAGACAAUGGCAAAGGGUUCGACUACAGGCUUGAAUCUGACAUUUUUGCGAAUGACAACAAUGACGUUGACAAGGACGGGGGGAUUGAGUUGGGAUACUUACCACCAGAUCAAAGACCAGGUAUUCCAGGAGAACUGCUGGCGCAUCUUGUAGAUCCAGAAAUUGACGAUGAUACGGAGGCAGGCGAGGCCUUGCGUGCGAAUGCCAACGUGAAAGUGGGGAAGGUGGGAAAAGCAGCACGUGGUUUAAACGCUCAAUCUGUGCGCAGAUUGGUAAAACGGGCUACUCUGCGUGGUAACAGUGGAAAUAAACGCGGCAAGCCUCCAAGAAUUCCUCCAGGAAUUACGACGGAAUCUUCGGGCGAUUUCGAUAUCGAACACGGUGAUUUCAACGAAGAUAUUGACGAUGGCCAGGGGUCCUUGUUCAAGGUUGAAGAUUUAGAUGCCAGUAUAGAUGAUGUUGCUGAACUUGCAUCCCUGAGUUCCGAUGAAACAUCAGGCGGAGGAUUGCCAGCAGCUGGUCGCGACAGCCAUGACCACCAAGACGCCGACUCAUUAAAGUUGGAACAAAGAAAUCCUGAUGUCAAAUCAGAGCGUUCAUCGGUGGCAAACGGGGGUGGAAUCGAACGUGUAAGUUCCAAACAAGCUAAAGAAGCCAGCCCCGGCGAAGAAGCAGAGGAUAUUCCUGUUGAAGUCGUUGCUGCAACAAUGGAAACUGGCCGAAAAUUGAUGGGUGCCAUCGAUCCACACAACAUGCUCCAGCUACAACGCUGGCGAAGGAAAAAUAGGAGAGGAAACAGAAAAACCCGAAAGUCGUAUGUCAAAGGGAAGGUGAUCGACGGUCGCCACGAAUUGUACACACUGUCAAUCGCUGUUAUGCUUGGAGUGAGGACAUCUAUUGCCAAAACGAACACGAUAAUUGCUUCGACAACAAGAGCAAAUGCUCUAACAGCGCAGGAUUUCAUGGCGGAAGAGAAGUAUGAAUUCGCUCCAAAGGGCUCUGAUAUAACACCACCACACAAACUUUCGCACACCUUCAAAUUUAAGGAUUACGCUCCUUUGGCCUUUGCAUACCUCCGGCGUAUGUUUGGAGUCAACGAGUUUGACUUUCUGCUAUCAGUUUGCGGCAAUGCUAAUUUUAUUGAGUUUAUCUCGAAUGCGAAGAGUGGUCAGUUUUUCUUCUACUCGAGCGAUGGUAAAUAUAUGAUAAAAACGAUGACAAAUGCUGAAAGCAAGUUCUUGAGGAGAAUUCUGCCACAUUACUUUCGGCACUGUGUUCAAAAUCCUAAUACACUAAUUACAAAGUUCUUGGGAAUGUAUCGUGUGAAGCUGUAUCAUUUACGUCGAAACGUCAAGUUCGUCAUCAUGAAUUCGGUCUAUUACACAGACAAGAGCUUGCAAAUAUUUUACGAUCUAAAGGGUUCUGAAAUAGGCCGAGAGGCAAAACCAGGACAAGAUGUGCUGAAGGACAACGACUUGAGGAAAAUUCUACCAGAGCAGGCCUUUUCAUUUCAUCCUGAUGUCCGGAAACGUGUUAGGCAACAGGUGGUAUCUGAUUGCUCAUUUCUUAGCAGAAUGCAGAUUAUGGAUUACUCAAUGCUGAUCGGAAUCCAUCACAUACCUCCACGACAAGGAAAUAACCGCGGGAUUCAUUCUGAAUCUGGUUUUCGUGCAUCUGGAAUAAAAAAUGAACCAAAGCUUCCUGCUCGGGUUUCGAAGGGCCAAGGAGUAGAUUCCGAGUCUGCCGCAGCCGCGUCUUUGAAUGGAGACUGUAAAGAUCCUAGCAUCUCGGCUCCAAAACAAGGAAACGCCGAGUCAUCAAAGGGAGCGACAAAGGAAUUUCACGAGGCUUCGUCAAAAAACUACGAAUAUCCUCUUGAUGAAGACGACGACUGCAGCUAUCUCGAGGGAUCAAUGCCUUCUGGUAUGAAAAGUCCAUCGCCAAGCGGUGCAAAGAUUCAACAGCAUCCAGCGCUUGUUGAUGUUGAGCUGAAGAAAGAACAAACAAUAGAACAGAUUUAUUGGCCUUUCCACAGAUUCUAUGAUAUCAAUGGAUUGCGAAGGAUGCAACCAAGGCAGGCUGCUGACGAGAAGGGCGAUCAGCUUGCAAAAGCUUGGAAAAUACCAGAUUUUAUGCCUCCGCUGUCAAACAGAAAAGACGGUGGGCUCAUGAUGGAUACUUCUGGCAUUGGUGGGCCAGGGAUAUUUCACGGGCCAAAAGGCGAUCGGCCUCAUGAAGGAAAGAUAUUCUUCAUGGGCAUCAUAGAUAUUCUCCAGCAGUACAAUGCACGAAAGCGAGUCGAAACAUCUUAUCGCAAGAUGGAAAAUAGCGAGGGACUCGAGCCAAGCUGUGUAAGCCCAGACGAUUAUGCUGAUCGAUUCAUCACCUUUUUCGACCAGUAUUCACAGACUGCUCGCCCAAAAAAUGCCAAGAACGAAGAAAAGACUGAAAUAGAGGCCACAAUUAUUGACAAGAAUAUGGUCAAUGCAGUGAGGAUUGAUGUAAAAGAGUGA